UCUUUGGUUAAUAAUUUUAUUUUACAGUGCUUUUUGAAAUGCAUCGGAGUCGAAGUUGGAUUGUUUGACAUCGGGAGCGGUUUGAACAGCAUCAAAAUGUUGCGGGAAAUAGAACUCGUGUCGCAGGAGGAGCCAACGAGGCUUCAACAGGGAUUUGUCGCGCACGACGAAUGCAGUGGAAAAAAACUUGACGACGAAUGCGUGACUGCGUACGAAACGUUCAAGUGCGGCCAGGAGAAGGAGCCCGCGUUGCUCUCGAAAAUCGUGCAAAAUAAUUUCGGCAAUAGCACCAUUUUCAAACCACCGACUCCGUGCGUUCCUCCGCCCCGGACUUGUUGGAUCUCGAAUGCAUACCCUUGCGUAAAAAAUCAAACUGCCACCGAUCUUAUAAACAAAACUCGUUAUGAUGGCAAUGGGACUUUGAUGACAAAUAACAAUAUGACGGUCUACGUCUCAAAUAUGGUUGCAUCUCUGAAUCCGAUUGAUGCGUACAAACACUGCUGCUCAAUUGGAAUGAAGAUGCUGGAGCCCGAAACCAGGGCAGAAUCUAACUUUAUCAUGUCAACCUUUUCGAGUAAUCAUUACGCACUGGUGGGUGAAACGGAGUUCAUCAACCAGUCGCACGAGGUGUGGUGCCAAAGCCGCAAAGUCUUGCCGGACAACAUGUACUACGACCUACAAUCCAGGUACCCAUGCGCGCCGUCGAUCCUCACAGCGGAUCACUUCAGUAGAGGUUUUAUGUCUGUGACCAUGGCUGGCUCUGACAUCGUGGAUUAUUUCUUAUACCCGGAGAAGUACAACUUCACUUACACUGGAUUGAAUAAAUUCCUCUGCGUUGAAACCUAGCGACAAGACGCAAAUCAAAAUUGUCGUUUUUUCGAGAGAUUGAGUUUUAUGUUCACAACUUUGUCUUUUGUUUUGUUUUGUUUUAUACGCACGUUUGAAU